AUGGCAGACCAAACUGCACACUCUGUUGUCGACCCAAACACCGUUCCUGUUACACCCAACGUCUCUAGCUCGAACGCGGCCGCGUCCUCAGCUACCCACCUUAGUGGACAACAUGCACAACAGCUUCAGGCACAAAAUCAACAGUUUUCUAGUCAGUUCUGGAAUCAACAAUUAAUUACAGCACAAAACUUUGAAAGUGAUUUCAAAAAUCAUCCGUUACCACUUGCUAGAAUCAAGAAAGUCAUGAAAAGUGAUCAGGAUGUUAAGAUGAUCAGUGCCGAAGCCCCGAUCCUCUUUUCAAAAGCUUGCGAGAUCUUUAUAUCCGAGAUUACAAUGCGAGCAUGGAUCCACGCCGAAGAGAAUAAACGCCGCACACUACAACGCAGUGAUGUUGCGUCAGCCGUUAGUAGAUCAGAUCAGUUUGACUUUCUCAUUGAUAUUGUACCACGUGAGGAGGUUUCAAAAGUCGCACGAAGACCAAAGGAGGAAACUCAACAGCCGGAACAGAUGUACGAUCAGAAUGUACUUGCAUACUAUCAAGGGCCUGCGGGAGUGCAAUAUCCAGCCGUUUCGGAUCCUUCCUCUUAUUACCCGGUAGCUCUUUCUUUUCGUCCUUUAUAA